AUUUCUAUGUGCAUGAUAUCGACUAUUUGUACUUACAUAUUCACAGUCUACAUGUUACGUAUUUUAAGGAGACUAACCUUGCGACUAACUUCAUGUACAUUCUUUUAUUCAGAGCGAGGUACGAAGUGCUACGGAGAGAAAGAUGUUGUCAAGAUUAGCUUUUCGUAAUGCCCAGCUAGUCUCUGUGGCUGUUCGAGGAAUUACAACUUCAGCACCAGCAUUGAGUGAUAUACCACGUCAAAAACGUCCGAUAAAUCCAUCUCCAGUGAAGUAUGGGUUUAUUCCAGAAGAGUGGUUCACAUUUUUCUACCCUAAAACUGGAGUAUCAGGUCCAUACAUAUUUGCGGGUGCUUUGGGAACAUACUUACUAUCUAAAGAGUGGUAUGUUCUGGAACAUGAAUUCUACAAUGCACUCUCUCUAAUUACAAUUUGUGUUUAUGCUGUAAAGAAAUUUGGCCCCACUGUGGCAAAUAUGUUGGAUAAAGAAAUCGAUAAAGUAGAAGAAACUGCAAAUGCUGGGAGAUUGGAAGAAAUUGCAGAAUAUGAGGAUACCAUAAAACAUUAUGAACUUCAAAAACUACAGGCUGAGGGGCAGAAAAUGAUUUUCGAUAUUAAGAAAGAAAAUAUUUUUAUGCAGUUGGAAGCUGUUUAUAGAGAACGAAUGAUGCAAGUUUAUAGCGAGGUUAAGAAACGUCUUGAUUUCAAUGCUCAAAUAGACUCUGUAGAACGCAGACUGGCUCAAAAACAUAUGGUACAAUGGAUUAUUAAUGGUGUGUUAAAAUCUAUUACACCAGAACAGGAAAAGGCCAAUUUGCAACAAUGUAUUAAAGAUCUUCAGGCUCUUGCUGUAAGAUCAUAAA